CGUCAUAACCAACAUCACCACCAACAGUCGCGAAUCGCAAUGCUCGUCCUCGUCAUCGGAGACCUUCACAUCCCUCACAGAGCUCCAGCCCUGCCGGCGAAGUUCACGAAGCUCCUGGUGCCGGGGAAGAUUCAGCAGAUUCUAUGCACGGGAAACCUCACAGAUAGAGAAACAUAUGACUUCCUCCGAUCAAUAGCAAGCGACGUACACAUCGUCAAGGGAGACUUCGACGAGUCAUCUUCACUACCUCUCCACAAAAUCAUCAACCACUCACCCCUAUCAAUCGGGUUCACUCACGCCCACACCGUCGUCCCCCACGCAGACCCCGACGCCCUCCUCCUCCUCGCCCGACAAUGGGACGUCGACAUCCUCAUCACCGGCAACACCCACAAAUUCGAAGCAUACGAAAUCGAAGGAAAGUUCUUCGUGAACCCGGGCAGUGCGACGGGUGCUAUGAGUGCGGAUUGGGAUGUGAAGGAUGGGGAGGAGCCGACGCCGAGUUUUGUGUUGAUGGAUGUGCAGGGGGCUGUGGUUGUGUUGUAUGUGUAUCAGCUUGUGAAUGAGGAGGUGAAGGUGGAGAAGAUGCAAUAUCGCAAGAGCGUAGAAGAUGCAUGA